CCGCUUUUCAUAGUUUCUGUUUUAGUCCUUUAGGGUUUCUGUGAAGGAAGAAGGUGAAGAAGAGAACACGAUUUUGCUCGCGCGUUGACUUUCUACCUAGCGUCAAGCUUCUUCAUAACCGAAGCUUCAAUUCAGCUACUCCGUCGGCCAAAUACGACAAUGUUUCGUUUACUCUGCGGAAGAACUUCUCAGCUCCGAUGGGUUGGGGAUUAUUCAUCUCGUUUAUGUUUUCUUCAAACAUCAUCUCUCAGAUUCAAUUCAAGCGCGGCAAACGAAUCAACUCUAACUUCAGAUUUUCUUAUAAAUUCAUGUGGGCUGUCCCCAGAAUCAGCUCUCAGAGUCUCCAAAAGCAUUGAUCUCAAAACGACAGCCAAAGCAGAUUCCGUCGUUGCCCUUUUCAAGGACUAUGGAUUCACGCAACCCCAAAUCUCCAAUAUCAUUACCUUCAACCCAAAUGUACUAAGAGUCGAUCCUAUGAAAAAACUGAAGCCCAAGAUCGAAUUGCUGCGUGAUAUGGGGAUUUCAGGUACCAACCUCGCAAAGAUCCUUACCAGAUACGCCAAUUUCUUGACGGCCAGUUUAGAAAGGGAACUUGUCCCUAACUUGGAGUUCAUCAGAAGUUUCAUUGACACUAAUGAAAGAUUUGCUAUUACUCUGACUCGUUUAACGUGGUGCACCCGUCUUCCUGAAAUAAUGACGCCCAACAUCGAGAUCUUGCGAGAUCAUGGUGUAACAGAGUCCAACAUUUCGAGGCUAAUGUUCCUUCAUCCUCGACUAUUGAUUUGGAAAUCUGAACAGUUUAAGUGGGCGGUUUUGAGAGUCAAGGAAAUGGGUUUGGAACCUUCGAGUUCCCCUUUCAUACCAGCCUUCCGGGUACUAUCUGGUAUGAAGAACCCUACAUGGGAAGCAAAGUUAGCUGUGUUCAGUAGUUUUGGAUGGUCGAGUGACGAUAUUCUUUUUUUGUUCCGGAAGCUACCCACUAUUUUUGGCCUUUCAGAGAAGAGGAUUGGGGCCGGACUGGAUUUCUUCAUGAACAAACUGAAUUGGACGAUUGCUGAUAUCAUGAAGUAUCCUGGCAUAUUACAAUUGAGCUUGGAGAAGAGAAUUUUUCCGAGGUUUUCUGUUAUUCAAGUUCUGCUCGUGAAGGGUCUAAUGAAGAAGAAGAGUAUCGGCACGGCCAUGAGAUUGACCGAGGAUAAGUUCCUGAACAAGUAUGUGUAUAAGUAUCUACAUAAGCAACCCCAUCUGCUGAAAUUGUAUGAAAGUAAGAUGGGUAUUCUUGAAUCAUAAGGUGAUUUUUAAAAUGUUUCACUUUAUAAUUAAGAAAUUAUCUGCAUUUCUCAUUCAUGAGGUCACUUCCUCAUGUUAAAAAUUUGGUUACAAUCUCGUAACUUACAUUCCCGGAGUACAACUUUGAAUUCGACCGACAUUCAUGAUCUGGAAUGAAAAAAUCUCUCUUGAAUUGUGGACAACCAUAAAAUGUACUGUAGCCCAUUAGGAAGUCUAUCAUAUGACCAAAAGUCUAUUUCACUGUUAAUAACUGUGUGAUAACUUAUGUGAGGAGGACAUUCUUCUGAAGCUGCACUGACAUUACUUAAUUUUCGGUACUUGAAUGUUUCCCAACUGUUCUGGUUCAUUUACUGUUAUUGACUCUGUGAACAUAGUAGCUAAUUAAUCCCGACGUGUUACAUAGGACAGAUAUUGUAUAACUGUUCGGUUUUCUGCAAAUUUUUCCAUCUCUGUGUAAAUAACUGUAAGCUAUUGUUGGGAAAUCUAUCAUAUUCUUAUGUGAGGAGGAGAUUCUUCUGAAGCGGAGGAGCUGACAUUUUUUACUUCUGGUGGUGACAGUUGCAUUAUAUUAGUGUAAGAUCUUUGAACAAUAUACCCUAUCAUGUUAGCUAAGUGAUCAGUCAGAUGACUCUGGCCUUUGAAAUAAAGUAGAAAGGACACGUUGUGCAUUUUCUCUUGUGUUAUGGCUUCAACUUAGUGUUAUAUAUUUCAGGGAGAAGGAACCAAAUAAAGGAUGUAAUCUGAAUUUUUCUGUUUACCAUGUAUGUUGAUGCCAAUUACUAAGAGCUUUGAACGUAAAGAAACUAUUUUGCAUUUUGAAGGAAAGCCUUUGAAGUUUGAAGACUAAAGUGUCCUUAUUUGUUAAUUAAAGAUUGUUGAACUGCAUUGGACGCCCAAAAUCACAUUUGGAGAGGAAACAGCUGGCGGCAUGGCUUUGGUUUUUUUAUUAGAUGAAUGUCAAUUCUUUGAUUUCAUAUGUAUCUCAGUAAGUUGACAGCACAAUUCUGAUGGAUGCUAUACUUAAAGGUUUAGGUACGGGUGGUUCCUUCCCCCCAACAAACAGUGAUGCUAAAUUAUUUUGAAGACAUGUAGCUAUUAUGAACAAUAUAAUGUGGACUCCAGAUUUGUUGCAGUAAAGCAGAUGUUCCAAAUAACUCUGGGUCGUACAACCAAAAUGCGACCUACUGAACUGCAUCUCAAGUGGCAGUACAAAGCAUGAAAUGAUGAGGUUUCAUCCUACAUGUUGAUAAAUAGAACAAAGUACUGCAACAUAUAUUAAUAUUAUAUAUGAUUGUUAUAGUGGGUAAAGGCCGACCCCAUUAAGUUGGGAUAAGGUUUUGGAUGUUGCUGUAUAUUAGUGGGUAAAGAUGCUAAAGGUAUAUCUGGAUUUCAAACUUGUCCAUGCCAGGUCAGUGUACAUGGAGCAUUGCAAUCUGGCAUACUUCCUAGUUGAUUUUUCUAACUGACAAAAAAAUCUUCAGCCUUGCUGCAGGUUUCAAAGUUUGUUUGCUUAAACUUAGUGAGCCUUAGUGAGAAAGAAGCUAUACAAGGCUGGGCAUGAGAAGAGGUGAAGGAGCUAAACAAGGCUAUGCAGGAAAAGAAGUAUCCUGCUUCCAUAUCAUCCAAAUGUGCCUUUGGGAGUAGCUCCUGUUACACAUUUCCUUUCUUCUAAGGUCAAACUGUACCAUGAAAUGGGCAGGUGUUAGGCCCUUGUGCUCCAUUAAUAUCUUAAAACAUCCUAAUGUGAUUUGUGGGUUUGCUCUGUGUGAUCAAGAAGUCGAUAGAGAUUAUGAAAAUGAUGUAUUUUGAAUGUUAAUAAAAAAUUACAGUUCUUUAUAAUCAUUUGAAAUGCUUAUUCUAA